UACGUCACUACGUAAGCGCGGUCAUAAACCAGACAUUAGGCAAUAACUAUCAUGAACACACCGGGGCGUUGUUGAUCGAAAAUACCUCGAGCAGUUUCUCUGUUGAGCGUGUGGUUAAAAUAUGAGCGUGCAUAGUUUGCUGCAAGGGGAAAAUGAGUGUUGCCUCCAAUCAUGAAGCAAUCCUGGCAUGUGCUGCUUGCCUCCAUUUUGGCAGUCCAGCAUCUCACUUCAAGCAGCGAUGGAGAAGACUGCCUGCAAAUCAUUCGGCACGAAGAUGUUCAUAACGUUUCAGUUGGGGCAAACUUAAAGAUGAACUGCACAUACCGGUAUAUUAAUUGUUCUACUUCAUCGUACGUCUCCUGGCACAAGUUGGAAAACAGAAUGUAUGUGCCAGUGAUCAAUGACACUCGGACUGAGGUGAAACCAGUCCAGGUAAACAAUUUUGAAACCAUAUUGUUACUCAAUUUCACAAAUAUACAAAUGAGCAAUGCAGGUUUCUAUCGCUGUCAAAGUGAAUUUACCUUUGGUCAAAACAUCAAAGUGUCCGUGCACGACAUCUCUGUGGUGAGCAACAUCUCACCGACGAAUGAAACGACCAUGACGGUGAAAAGGCGGUGGAUGUAUGUGUACUCCGCCGUCGGUACACUGGCCUUUGUCAUCGGAAUCAUUUUCAUUUCGGUCAUUUCCAUGCAGCGGUGCAAAGGCAACUCACAGAGAGAGACGCAAAGUGAAAAUCAAGACUUUUCUGUGCUAAAGCCGACGGCUAGCGCCAGACCACACGCUACGCAAACCUCCCCUGGCAGCUUCGCGUACAACAGGAUGGCUUCCAAAGAGGAAAAGGGUUCAGAAGCGAGGACAGAGACCGACGGAAACGUCGUUGUGUACGCCGCGCUCCAUCAUCAGCCGCCCGCCGGUGCGCCCCCGCGACCGAGGCGGCCCAGAGAGGAAAGUUCAGAGUACGCGGACAUUCGAGUAUGAUGCCACGCACUGCUGCUGGUGGAAGAUCAGCUUUUCUCCCACAUUCAAGUCGGUGAAGAGACCAUUUUCACAUGAGACUGUAACCACCAGCUUCCUCUUUCCUUUGUAGGAAAGAGACGCGACCUUCUGGUUUAUUGUCAAGAAUUUAAGGUAGUGAGAUCCAAAAAGUUCUUCGAAUAAGCGGAAGGUGACAGAGGUUGCACAAAUCAUGUGGGCGUGCGACGAGGGUGUGAAACUGCAGUUUAUGAAAGUUGUCAUGACAGCCCCUGUUUUUUUUUUUUUAGCAUUAUUGUUGUCAAGAAUUACAGCCAGGCACAAAAUUCAAAGCUUUUCCUUUCCAACGUGUAAACUUUAUGCUGCCAGAAAAAAAAUGGAUGUGCUUACGAAAUAAAAUGGAAUAGAUUUACAAAACAAGAACAUCAAGCAA